AUGACACAUUGCUCGAUUUGCCAAGCCCCAGCUCAAGAUCAACAUUUCGGUUCAACAGUUCCAGUUUGUCGCGCAUGUUCCGCAUUUUUUCGAAGAUUUGUUUUGUCACCAAAAUUAGUUAUAAAAUGUAAGGAGAUAGAGAAUUGCGAAGUGAAUUAUAGUAAGUCGAAAAGUGAAAUUUUAAUUCAAAAAUACAUGGAAUUUUUUCAGAGAACACAAAAAACUGUCGAGCUUGCAGAAUGAAGAAGUGUCUAGAAGCUGGGAUGAGAAAAACAGGACAGUGGGGAAUUGGGAAGAACUCUUGAAAAAUCCUUAUGACAUGGAAAAGUUCCCAAAUUUUCUGACAAUAUUUUUUAUCAUAUUAAUUUUUAAUUCAGAAAUUUUGAUUUCAAAUUUUCAAUUUUAAAAAAAAUUUUCAGAUUUUCUAUUUUUGCGAAAUUCGAUUGAAAUCAAUGUCAAAAAAUUUUGAAACGUAAACUUUUUGGGGUUUUUUGUUUCCAUUGAAUCUUGAAAGAUCAGCCUCACUUUUGAACUCACCCCCACUUUUCCCACCUCAAAAAAAAACCGUGAGAAAAUUUUGCAGCAGUUCAACCGCCACGUGACAAAUACAGAAACAAUCCAUCGCCACCAAUUCCUCCUGCCCCAUUGGACCCAUUCCCUUCCACAUCAUUCCCACCUCCUCCGCCACGCCUACAAAUUUUAUACAACAAUUAUUCGAGACUCAAAAAAUCGAGAGAAGAAGUCUUCAAAUCAUCCGAACAUUCUCCAAGAUCUCGAAAUAUGCAUGAAAUGAUUGAAAUUUUGAGGCAGGAUAUGAAAUUGGUUGCAAAAUUUGUUGAUGAUUCUUAUGAGAGUAAUUUGAAUGGUUUUACAAAAUUUGAAAGAAAAACACUGUUUCAAAAUUUCUUCAUAAAAUAUAUGAUUUUUGAACCUCCAUUUCUCGGAAUGCAAAAAGGAGUUCGAGAUUUCAUUCUUCCAAAUGGCGAUUUUUAUGAUAAAGACAUCGGAAGAUUCUACACCGCACACAUUAAAAAAUCCUCAAAAGUUUCCAAAGAAUCUGCAAACGUCUUAUUCAAACCAUAUUGGGAUGAAUAUCAAAGAACUGUGGUUAGCGAUAUCGAAUUCUUAAAACUCGAUAUAUUUGAAUUUCUCACAAUUUCUGCGUUAUUUUUCUGGGAUACUGGGUUGGAUGAUUUUAGCGCGGGAAGUGUGGAAAUGUGUCAUAGAAUGAGGAGCGAAAUAAUUUCGGAGAUUGAGAAAUAUUAUUUGGAAGUUAAAAGUUUGCCAGAUCCAUGUGUUCGGAUUGGACAAAUUAUGAUGUUAUUAUCAUCGCUGCAGGUUUGUAUAAUUUGAAAUCAAAAAAGUACAGUUAAUUUUUCAAACCAAAAAUUGUUUUCCUUAUUUCAUUUAUUUUUUGAAAAUUGAAAAAAAACCUAGUCAAUUUAUUGGUAUCAUUAAAAAUUACUGUUUCAAAAUUCUAUUAUUAUCUGAACUCGAGUUCCAAUUUUUUCAGAAAUCAUUCGUUAAAUGUCAAGAAGAACUUCAAAUGUGCGGUUUCUACGACAUUUAUCAGCAAAUUCACGUCGAUUCCUAUCAAAUGAUCAACGACAGUCUGAACCUCUAA